GACAAAAGAGGCAGGGUGAGUGAGGCUGUUGCUGCCAGGUGAAGAACACGGAAGGAGACAGACAGGCUUCGACGUGCAAGAUUGGGCCGACGUCGUGGAGUAGUCUAAUUUUAGCGUCACUUCACGCACGCUUGCGUGCUCAUCGAUUCGACGUGGAGGCAGGCGCGCGACGCAGGGUCCAUUAGGAAGAGGAAAGAAAGGGUGGGUGGAGGGAAGAAGAAGUGAGGGAAGAAGACAAGCGGGUGUUGAGGCUCUUCCGAUCACCUUGGCAAUGACGGACGCAAGCCGACUGGAGCAGGCACUCGUCGAGGUGGGCACACAGCUGGCCAGCAGCGGCUACCGCUUCUGGGCGCCCACGCCCGAGACGCACGCAAAGGUCGUGGCGCGCCUGACGGACGAGCAGGCUAGGCUGCCGACGGCGACGACGAGGCAGGACCUCUGGGGCUGGAGCCUGCCGCUUGGGCACAGCUCGUCGCUGCUGUCGGGUCUCUCGUCCGUGGCGCAGGAAGCGCUCCUCGCGCCAAGCUCGAGCUCGCAGCAGCGCCGUCCCCUCGCCCGCUUCUCGUCCCUGUACCCCUCCGCGUCGUCGCACUCACUUCAGCAAGUCCUCUAUGCGCACUCGCCAUGGCCCACGACGGACACGGACGCCGUCUUCUUUGGGCCAGACACCUACCGCUUCCUCCGCUUCCUCGACGCCGCCCUUGGCCGCGAGAAGGGCCGCUCCUUUCGGCUGGCCGUCGAUGUCGGCUGCGGCGCCGGUGCUGGCGCGAUCCACCUCGCCGCUGCUGGGCUGAGCGGGGGUGGGGCCGCGCCAGAUGAAAAGGCCUGCGAGCGCGUCGUGGGGCUCGACAUCAACGAGCGCGCAUUCACCUUUGCAAGAGCCAAUGCCGCCCUCCACCGCAGCUUGUCGGCCAGCAGCGGGGGCGCCGAGGUGGAGUGGAGAAAGAGUGACCUGUUCUCGGCACUGUCGCACGAUGAGCUGGACCAGCUUGACCUCGUCAUCAGCAACCCGCCCUACAUUGCCUUUGACGCCGGCAAGGGCUCCACCUAUGCCGACGGGGGCGAGCAGUCUGGCCUUGCGCUGCCUGUCCUCAUUGCGCGCCAGGCGCUCGAGCGCCUCUCGCGCGGCGGCCUCUGCAUGCUCUAUACGGGCGUGCCCAUCGGCCUCGACGGCUCCGACCCGCUGCGCGCUGCUCUCGAGGCCGAACAGGACCGCGCCGAGCUCGUCUACUACGACGUCAUGGACGUCGAUGUGUUUGGCGACGAGCUGCGCGACGCAGAGGGCGCCUAUGGCCGCUCCGGCGUGGGCCAGAUUGCCGUCAUCGGCGCAGUCGUGCGGAAGCGGUAGUUGCAGGGACUGCCACCGCCCUGAUGUCUCAUCACUGUUCAUCAUAAUUCAACUCUUUCAUCGUCGGGCGCUGUCAUGCUCCUCAUCACAGCAGGAGGCUCGCACCUAAUUACUGGC